AUGUCUGCCACUACCCACAAGCAAUCCAAUUCCAAGCGCCUCGGCUUUGGUCGAGCCUGCAAUGCGUGCCGUAAACGCAAGCAUCGUUGUGAUGCCCUCGAGCCCCAGUGUUCCGGUUGCCGCAGUCGAGGCAACGCUUGUGAAUACUCCGUUAGAGCUACUAAUAAGGGCGUCGUUCAGGGUCAGGAGGAUAGCCUCAAUCAUGGUCAUGCUAUAAUCAUUGAUGUCUCACCUAAUCGCUCGCCUCACCCUAUAUUGUCCCCUCAACGCAGCAGCCCGCCAAGCACAAGUGCCCGACACACCCACUCUGCAAGCUCGCUACAAGAGGAUAGGCAGGGUUCCGUCAGCCGCGAACCGGCUAGUAGUUCGUUGCGAGCAGGUGCCGCUAUCGAACUGAGUAACCCGACCGGGUACUUUGGCAACUCUUCAGCCAUUAAAUUUGCGUCCGUGGCCCAAAAUUGCGUUAAGGACUCCCUGACGCGCGAUGAGAAUGAGACUGGAAAGCUUUAUCUCUCGGAGGACAUUGCCACUCUCGCUGAAUCAUCGCCUCGCGAAGAUCUUCAGCGAUUCCAGUUGCUGCUUGGUAGGUCUGAAGCUAAUCAGCUCGUCGACGCAUACUUUGCUCGUGUUCACCUGCUCUACCCGUUCGUGCACGAGAUGAGCUUCCGCUCGCACUACGAGCAGAUUUGGAUCGACCAGCAGCCGCAGGAUAAUGCCUGGCUGGCGAUACUCAACAUGGUGUUUGCCUACGGUUGCGAGUUCUGCCCGUGCCCGAAUGGUAUCAGCGCGGCCCAGCGAGCCUCCGAAUUUGUGGAACAGGCAAAACAAAUCAUCCUAUGUCAAGUAUUCAAAACAUCAAGCUUGCAUCUAACUCAAGCCCUACUUCUACUAUGCCACUGGCUUCAAGGUGCCCUCGAGUUGAACGAGGCCUGGAACUUCUUUGGUCUUGCCAUUAGAAGCGCAAUGAGCAUUGGCCUUCAUAUUAACCCGAGAGAUGGUGGUAUCUCGUCGACGAUAAGUCGUGAGAUUAGGAAGCGCAUUUGGUGGGGGUACUUUGUGCUUGACCGUACGUUGAGCAUGAAGUUUGGACGACCACCCUCAAUCAUUCUGGCUAAUGCUUUCGAUGUGGACCUCCCGGCGGACGUAGAUGAUCAAUAUAUAUUGGACUCCAUCCAAAUCCCACGCCAGCCAAACGGGAAACCAUCCAGGAUAACGGCAUUUAUCCAAACCAUUGGACUCUCGCGGGUGAUCGACAACGUGAUGAGUAUGCUGUAUCUCAAAAGCAAUAAACUAGAUGCUAGCGCUGGCACCUCGUUGCCGGUCCAAGAAGAUUUUCAACUUCUCGGAAACAUGCUGCUGCUAGACGGACAGCUCCAGUCAUGGUGGAACGGCGUGCCUGAUUAUCUAACCAGGUCCUCAGAUUCGUCAGAAGGUAAAGAUUUAACUCGACAACGGAAUGUCCUUUAUAUCCGAUACGUGCAGAUGAGGCUGCUCUUGUUACGUCCGUCGGUGCUCCUGCUGGGCAAGGACAAGUUCCAAGACCGCUUUUUACGUGCAGUCGCAACCGAGUGUGCACAGCGUUGCGUAUGGGCGGCGCAGGAAACGAUCCAGCUCAUCCACGGAAAAUAUGAAGAACAGCAGCUCCAUUCCGUUUGGUACCUCCUUCAUUGUCAGAAUCCCGCUAUUCCAGCCCAGAAGACCGACACUGAUUUCAAGCAGAUAUCUUCUCAUCCCUGGGAGUCCUGA